AUGAAUUGCUUUAAGUUGUGUGUCAGAAAGAAAAAACCACUAGUCAAGGUGCUUCGAUUGGUAGAUGGUGAAAGAAAACCACCAAUGGGUUAUAUUUAUGAAGCCAUGGACCGAGCCAAGAAAGCUAUUGCUGCUUCAUUUUCCAACAAUGAAGAGAAGUAUAAAGAUGUAUUUGCAUUCAUUGAUGCUAGGUGGAAUGUUCAACUUCAUAGGCCUUUGCAUGCAGCUGGUUACUACUUGAACCCAGAGUUCUUUUAUGCACAUCCUAAUAUAGAACAAGAUACAGAGGUUAUGCAAGGUUUAUAUAGUUCCAUUUGGAGACUGAUUCCAAGUACUGAAUUGCAAGAUAAGACUAUUAGUGAAUUUGCAACGUACAAAAACGCAGAAGGACUUUUUGGGACGCCUCUUGCAAUAAGGCAUAGGACUACAAAAGCACCAGCUGAAUGGUGGACUAAUUAUGGCGGAUAAGCUCCGAAUUUGCAAAAUUUUGCAAUCAAAAUUUUGAGCCUAACCUGUAGUUCAUCGGGUUGUGAGCGAAACUGGAGUGUUUUUGAACAUCUUCAUUCUAAGAAAAGAAAUAAAUUGGAGCAAAAACGCCUCAAUGAUCUAAUUUUCAUCAAGUAUAAUAGAGCUUUGAAGAGGCGAUAUGAUGCACGUGAUACAAUAGAUCCUAUUAUUUUGGAUGAAAUUGAUGAGAGUAAUGAGUGGUUGUUAGGGAGAUUGACUCUUGAUAGUGAUGAAGAGAAUGCUACAGUAUUUGAAGAUAAUGAUUUGACUUGGGGUGAUGUUGCACGAGCUGCUGGGGUUGAUGAAGAAGCUUAUAGUUUGCGAUCUCAAUCUACAAUAGAACCAAGGGGUAAAUCAAAAGCGUCUUCUUCAAAAGCUAGCAAAAAAGCCUCUGCAUCUAAAUCUAGUGGACGCCGUCUAAAUCUAAUUGAUGAAGAAGAAGAGGACGAAGAAGAAAACUUCAAUGAUUCUGAAGAAGAGGCUGAGUAUAUAUCUACUGACGAAAAUGGAGAUGAUGGAAAUGAAAGUGAAGAACCUGGAGAUUAUCUAGUAGAAUCAGAUGAUUAG